AGGUAGGCUUGCAUUCUUCUAUCUGAUUUGGUAUUUAUUAUUUCAACGCUCAGAAUUGGCUACCACUCGUCAGUACCACUCGUCAGAAGCCUCAACUGAACUUUCGUGGUAGGCAUACAUCUAUGGCGGGUGUUCCAAGUUCGCUCCACGAGUCGAUCGUGAUUGUCGGUGCCGGUGUAUUCGGACUGUCGACGGCCCUGGCAUUGAAGGAACGUGGCUAUUCAGAUAUUACGAUUCUGGAUCGAGAACUACCACCGGUCCGUGAUGGAAGCAGUACUGAUAUCUCCCGGAUCAUCCGGUCGGACUAUCUAGACCCGUUCUACUCGAGGUUGGCCACAGAAGCGAUCGAAUCAUGGAAAUCAUCCAAUCUGUUCAAGCCACACUAUCAUCCGAGCGGAUACAUGCUCACCACGGAGGUAAAAGAGGAUAUAUAUCUCGAAAAGAACAAAGAGAUCCUCCGCGGUCAGAAGCAGACCUAUCGUGAACUAAAUGAUGUGGCAGCAUUGAAGCAGAUGAUACCAGGCGAAGAUCUCAAAGAUCUCAAGUAUGGAUACGUCAACACAAAUGCCGGCUGGGCCGAUGCUGCUGGAGCAAUACGAGCACUCGCAACGCAUCUUGCUGGUUUGGGGGUAAGCUUCAUCACUGGUCCUCGCGGGACGUUGCAAUCUUUGAUUGUGGAUGAUACCGGCAAGAAAGUACUCGGUGUGAACGUGGCACAAGGCUCCCCAAUCCAUGCGUCGAGGGUGAUCCUUGCGACAGGUGCCUGGACGGCUCGAUAUUUGGACGACCUCGAUUAUCACAUUACCGGAUCAGCACAGCCCCUUGGAUUCAUCCAACUCACGCCCGAGGAAGGCCGGAGACUCGCCAAUAUUCCCGUCUCCAUCAACACAACCUCGGGCGUCUUCCUCUUCCCGCCCAGCCCUGGAGACAACCUGCUCAAAGUCGCUUACCAUGGCCACGGGUUCGAAAUUGAGACAUCUGCAGCACAUGGUGAUACUGGCAAAGAUGGCGUGAAUCUGAGGGUGAUUUCGGUACCCCAGCGUGACGCCAACAAUGCUGCCUCAAAGUUUUUCCCCGAGGAUGCCGACAAAUAUUUGCGAGCUGGACUGAGACAACUCAUUCCUAGCAUUGCCGAUAGACCUUGGGUCAAGACUCGCUUGUGCUGGUACACGGAAACUCCUAAGGGCGAUUUCAUUGCUGACUAUCACCACACUCUCUCGGGAUUGUUCAUCGCCACUGGGGGCUCAGGACAUGGCUUCAAAUUCCUGCCUGUACUAGGUCGAUACAUUGCUGAUUGCUUCGAGCGCACGGCUGUGUCGGACGUAAGACAGAGAUGGAAGCUGCCGAAACCGAGUCCUCAAAAGGAAAAGUUGCAGGUGAAUGAUGGGAGCCGUCGUGGCCCUCCACGGCGGAUGCUUCGAAGGGAGGAGCAACUUCGAGCAAAUCUGUAGACGGGGCCAGCAAGGAUGUCCAGGGCGGGAUUGAGUCAAACAGGAACCAGCUCGUACACCAUAACGAUGAGCAGUUCGGUGAAGAACGCGUAACGCGUCAUUGUCUAUACCACCCAGAUCCGUCCUGUUGUGAAGGAUUUCCAUCGCUAGUGUCGAUGUUGAAAGGAGUGAAGAGAUCAUCGAGGAAUAUGUCAAAGCCUCCGGUCCCUGCAAAAUGGAAAGGAUCUUCAGCCGUCGCAUCUACCUCGACGGGAAAGGUCCCGUUCGCUGCUUGGAUAGGUGCGGAUGU